ACCAAACUAAUCACCAGGAAGAACCACGACGUUCAAGCGAACCAUCUUGCGCGAUGCUAACAGCUUUUCAGGACCUGCAAACUGGGCUGCGUGACCACCCUUUUCUUUUGCUACCGAUAUGCACAGCGAUUUGGGUGCUCUAUGCCGCCUGCAGGUCGAAGUACUCCGUGGAGAGUUUGCCAGUACCUCCUGGAGCCUCCUGGAUCUUUGGUCACGAAGGUGAGGUUGUGAAGAAUGCGCCUGGUCGUAUUUUCAGAGAAUGGGCCGACAAGUUGGGCCUGACCUAUCGCAUCAAGGCCGCGUUUGGCGCUCGUGACGUGCUUGUUCUUUGUGACCCUGCGGGCAUUGCACACAUUUUGCAGAAGAAAGUAUAUGACUACCAUCACAGCAGAGUGGUUAGACCUCGAAUUGGUCGCCUGCUCGGGAAAGGCCUCGGAUGGGUGGAGGGCGAAGUAGAGCACAAGAGAAUGCGUCAUCUUAUUAGUCCUUCUUUAUCACACGAGAAUAUGAAGGAAAUGGAGUCCGAUGUGCGGGUGGCAGCUAUGCAGGUCAUAGACAACUUCACUCACGAAGUUCACGCCAGCAACAACAAGAAGUGGGUCAACCUGUUUGAUGUGACAGGCAAAGCGACUCUUACGAUUAUCGGGAGAGUGGCAUUCCUCCAUGACUUUGAAGGUGGGGAGAGCGAGGAUGCACGCAAAAUUCUGGAAGCCCGCCGUAUAGGCGUUUCCCCAGCAAUUAAAUCCUCUUCUCUCAUUAUGUUUAUGCUCCUCAGGCGAUUCCCAAUUCUCAACGACCUUCCGAUCCCGGCGCUUCAAGUGCAAGGCUUAGCAAGAGAGAUUAUUCAGUCUGGGGUCGCCCACGAGAUGAUUCGGCGUAACGAGGACGUUGUUGAAGGGGUGGACCCUAAGUCGCAUAAUGAUCUAUUGAGCAGACUCUUGAUUGCUCACAGCGCAGGACAGAUUUCUACAGAGGAGCUCUACGCGCAGAUCUCUACUUUUAUCAUCACUGGCAAUGAGACAUCAACCCAGACUCUCGCUUUUAUGAUUUGGGAACUCGCUCGCCACCCGGAUGUGCAGGAACGCCUGCGCAAAGAAUUGAAGGCAUUCCCCGGCGAGCCCAACUACGACGAUUUCCAGGCGAAACUACCAUACCUCGACGCCGUCAUGAGAGAAUCUCUUCGUCUCUACCCUGGUCUACCGUACAUGGAACGCGUUGCGACCAAAGAGGACGUUAUCCCGCUGCGCGAACCCGUCAAACUCUCCAACGGAAAGGUCGUCUCGGAGCUUCCCAUCUCACCUGGACAGGUCGUUCUGAUUCCGAUUCUCUCCUUCCAACGGAUGGACUCUGUGUACGAGGACGGCGAGACAUUCCGCCCUGAACGAUGGCUGGAUGGAAGCGUCGACACGAGCACCAGGCAGUUUUCAGGUUGGGGACAUAUGCUCGCCUUCAGCGACGGGCCUAGGAACUGCAUCGGCACGCGUCUUGGUCUGUUGCAGAUGAAGGUAAUUCUCACAUACAUGAUGGAGCGCUUCAGGUUCGUCGACACCCACGAGGACGUCACGUUCAAGAUUUCGUCUAGUCUGCAGGCCUGGGUCGCUGACAAGCCGGAGCUUGGACCCUGUCUGCCCGUUCGCGUUGAGCUGCUGUGAACAAGUUUGGAUUGCGUUCGUGCGAUAUCUAUCUUGGGAGAAUGUAGUUGUUAUCUCCGCUGAACAAAUUGAAAGCAUGUGCUGUUUGGCGGCCACGAACGCCCGGACUCGAGC